AUGUCAGAACGCGGUCAAUUCAGAGGCGGCAACAGAGGCGGAAACCGAGGAGGCAACCGCGGCGGAAGAGGAGGUGGUCGCGGCGGCGCCAACAACAACAACUCAUCGCACAAUAACAAUGACGCCGAGACACCGCGCCCUAAGAAGGAGAACAUUCUCGACCUGAACAAGUACAUGGACAAGGAGAUUCAGGUCAAGUUCAGCGGAGGUAGAGAGGUCACCGGCACACUCAAGGGAUACGAUCAACUCAUGAACCUCGUCCUCGACGACGUCAAGGAAAUCACAAGAGACGAUGAAGGCAACACUUCGUCAAGACCUCUCGGUCUCUUAGUCGCCCGCGGAACCCUUCUCGUCCUCAUCUCCCCUCUCGACGGCAGCGAAGAAAUCGCAAACCCUUUCGUGCAAGCUGAGGAAGAAGGUGCUGCAGCUAUCUGA